UUCAUGCAGUGCGACAUCUCCUUCGCAUAGAGUUGAUCACGGUGUUGAUGGCCUGUGGAAUGUUGUCCCACUCCUCUUCAAUUGGCGGACCUGGAACAUUCUGUCCUACACGUUGACCCAGAGCUUCCCGAAAAAUGUUCAAUGGGUGAAGUGCCUGCAGUGGGAUGUCACCAUGGAGGACAACACAAGACUCCUACAGCUACCAAAACAACAGCUAUGUUACCUUGUGGAUGUCGGCCAUCUUGACUGGGGCUGUGGGUCGUGUUUGUGAUGCCAGGCCUGAAAGUGCCCUUUCAGCUCAAGACGUAUCUAUCACGAUACAACAGCGUGACUGUAUUUUUGGCCCCCGCAGUGAUGGAAGUUCUAGAGGAGAAGCUGCUGAAAGAGCUUUCUGAGGAUGCCAUGGUGGUUGUUUGUCGCUUCUCCUUCCCUCAUUGGCCACACACCUGCUCCAAGGGGGCGGGGUUAGACCAGGUGUGGGCCUAUGUUGUCACCACUGUCCACAAGCCCUAUCCUUCGGUGUCUCAAUAGGUUACAGUCAUAUACAUUUCAUUCGGUUACAUAAAUACUUUUCCUUAGAGCAAAUGGCAAUAUGCUCAUUGCCCCUCUGCAUGGUAAGCAAUGGUGUGCAAGAAAACUUCUUAACAAAUGUUCCAUGUCAUUUCAUUGGCCCCACAUAAUAUUUUGUACAAUGUGCAAGUUGAAUUAAAAAAGACCAUGCUGGCUAUUGC